CAAAACGGGUCUGUGCACCAGAAGGAUGGGUUAAACGAUGAUGACUUUGAACCCUACCUGAGUCCCCAGGCCCGGCCGAACAAUGCAUACACUGCCAUGUCUGAUUCCUACUUACCCAACUACUACAGUCCUUCCAUCGGAUUCUCCUACUCCUUGGGUGAAGCUGCCUGGUCCACGGGGGGUGACCCCCCCAUGCCCUACCUGACCUCCUACGGACAGCUGAGCAACGGGGAGCCCCAUUUUCUCCCAGAUGCCAUGUUUGGGCAGCCAGGGGCUCUGGGCAGCACUCCAUUCCUUGGGCAGCACGGCUUUAACUUCUUCCCGAGCGGGAUCGACUUUUCGGCUUGGGGGAAUAACAGUUCUCAGGGACAAUCCACUCAAAGUUCUGGCUACAGCAGCAAUUAUGCCUACGCCCCCAGUUCCCUGGGGGGUGCCAUGAUCGAUGGGCAAUCAGCUUUUGCUAACGAGCCUCUGAACAAGGCUCCUGGCAUGAACACCAUCGACCAAGGGAUGGCUGCCCUGAAGUUGGGCAGCACGGACGUUGCCAGCGGAGUCCCCAAGGUGGUGGGUUCUGCCGUGGGCAGUGGGUCCAUCACCAGUAACAUGGUGGCAUCCAACAGUUUGCCCCCUGCUACCAUCGCUCCUCCAAAGCCCACCUCCUGGGCUGACAUUGCCAGCAAACCAGCCAAGCAGCAACCCAAGCUGAAGACCAAGAACGGCAUGGCAAGCUCCAGCCUUCCCCCACCUCCCAUCAAACACAACAUGGAUAUUGGAACUUGGGAUAACAAAGGGCCGGUGCCUAAAGCUCCGGCUCAACCUUUGGCUCAGAACCUGGCUCAGCAGCCAGCCCAAGUGUCCCCCCAGCCCCCAGCCCAGCCCACCCGCUGGGUCGCCCCUCGGAACCGCGGCAACGGCUUCGGGCAGAACGGAGCGGACGGGAACGGAGUGGGACCAGCUCAGGCCAGCUCCAGUUCUGCUCCUUCAGAGCCUCACCCAGUCCUGGAGAAACUAAGAUCCAUCAACAACUACAACCCCAAGGAUUUUGACUGGAACCCCAAGCACGGGAGGGUGUUCAUCAUUAAGAGUUACUCCGAGGACGAUAUCCACCGCUCCAUCAAAUACAACAUCUGGUGCAGCACGGAGCACGGGAACAAGAGACUGGAUGGUGCCUAUCGCUCCAUGAACGGGAAGGGGCCCGUGUACCUCCUGUUCAGUGUCAAUGGGAGUGGUCACUUCUGCGGGGUGGCAGAAAUGAAAUCUGCUGUGGACUACAACACGUGUGCAGGGGUCUGGUCCCAGGACAAGUGGAAGGGACGUUUUGAUGUCAGGUGGAUUUUUGUGAAAGACGUUCCCAACAGCCAGCUGAGGCACAUCCGCCUGGAGAACAACGAGAACAAACCUGUCACCAACUCCAGGGACACUCAGGAGGUGCCUCUGGAAAAGGCUAAGCAGGUGUUGAAAAUCAUUGCCACCUACAAGCACACCACCUCCAUCUUUGAUGACUUCUCACACUAUGAGAAACGCCAAGAGGAGGAGGAAAAUGUUAAAAAGGAACGCCAAGGCCGUGUCAAGUAAAAAAGGGCCCUUCCUCCCCCAGAGACUGCAGCAGAAUUUGCAUCCCAGCAUCUUUCAGAGAGAGAAAGAAAGAGCAAAAAAAAA